AUGACGUGCCUACAUCACUUCCGGGUCCACCCAGAAGGGACACGGGUGCUCCAGCAACCUCCGCAGAAACUCCAUGGAACCAUAGUUUCGGCAGAGAUUGAUAGAGCGUCUGCGUCGCCCCCGAGCAAACUCGGAAGUGACGUAGGAGCGCUGCGUGGAAUGCACUAUGACAACGCCUUCACCAUUCAACAUAAAAAGACCAACAAAUGCAUCCAAGUUAAAAACGUGCAGAUAUCUGCAGGUGAUUGCCAAGGGUCAAAAGAAGCCUUAUGGACGUGGGUCUCCCAACAUCGCCUCUUUAACCUGGGCUCUCGAAAGUGCCUUGGACUUGACAUUACCAAAACCAGUAAAUCUUUGAUAAUGGUAGAAUGUGACUCAAACCUUAUUCUUUGGUGGCGAUGUGCUGAUGACUUAAUACUUACGGCAAAUGAGAACAAGUUGGCAUUGAAGGGGGAAUUGGUUACUGUAAGCAAAAACUCUUCUGACAGCUGGAGAAGAAACAACUCUAGUGACGUUGUUUGUAAAUAUCCUUACCAUGAGACGUAUACAAGGGAAGGUAAUUCCUAUGGAAAACCCUGUGAGUUCCCCUUCCUGUGUAAUAAAUCCUGGCAUUAUGACUGCAUACACAAUGACAGGUUUCCAGAUGGUGAAUGGUGCUCUACUACAUACGAUUUCGAUCAAGACAGAAAAUGGGGGUACUGCUUAAAACCAGAGGAUGGUUGUCAGAAUACAUGGGAGUAUGAUGAAGCUUCUGGGAGUUGCUUACAGUUAAACCCCCGGGCUUAUCUUUCUUGGAAAGAAGCUUACGUCUCAUGUCAAAGGCAAGGUGGAGAUUUGCUGAGCAUCACCAACGUAUCUAUAUUGAGUUACUUUAAAGAUAAAGAUGGCAUCGCAGAGAUAUUUUGGAUCGGAUUAAACCAACUGGACAAUUAUGGAGGCUGGCAGUGGUCAGAUCACACACCCUUGCACCUCGUUAGCUGGGGCCCUGAGAUGCAGAAUUCAUCGCCACUAGAUGGAACAAGUUGUGUGGUUAUGAAUGCUGACACAGGCCUCUGGAAGAGUUAUCCUUGUGAGACUGCACUUCCUUAUGUCUGCAAAAAACCAUUCAAUGGAACCAAAUUGGAGCUUCCAGAAGUUCAAGACUACAGGGGGACCCAGUGCAAUUCUGACUGGCUUCCUCACAACGGGUUUUGCUAUACGCCAGUGAACAACCCUGUUUCCUGGGAAGAUGCACAGAAGUCCUGUAAAGCACAGAACAGUGACCUAAUGAGCAUACAUUCCUUAGCAGAUGUUGAAUUGGUUGUUUCCAAACUUCAUAAUGAAACAAACGACAAAAUGUGGAUUGGUUUCAAGAAUAAGGACGUGCCGGCUUCUUUUAAGUGGGCAGAUGGUUCCAAAGUGGUAUUCACUUACUGGGAUCUGAAUGAGCCAAACAUUCCUUUCAACAACCCUCCUAACUGUGUGGCCUAUUCAGGAAAGUUGGGUCGAUGGAAAGUCCUGUCUUGUGAUAAACAACUUAAGUAUGUGUGCAUGAAAAAAGGAAAAGUUUUGAAUGAAACUACAUCUGGAGAAGGCUGUCCUACAGUGGAAUGGAAGAGACAUGGACAUUUUUGCUACAAGAUUUUGAAUGAUAAAGUGUCCUUUGGAACUCGGUGCAAUCUCACUAUAGAAAACAGGUUUGAGCAAGAAUUCAUAAAUAGUUUGAUUAGAAAGCAUAGCACAGUGGAAGAGAAAUAUUUUUGGACUGGCUUGCAAGACCUCAACUCCUUGGGAGAGUACAGCUGGGGAAGUGCCGAAGGAAAUAUUGAAAAGCUAUCAUAUACAAACUGGGACAGUCUUCAGCCAGAAUAUUCUGGAGGAUGUGUGGCUAUGGCAAGCGGAAAACACCUCGGAAAGUGGAAAGUACAGUCCUGCAGUACAUUUAAAGCGUACUCUAUUUGCAAAAACUACACUGGGCCACCAAGGCCAACUGAAGUGCUGCCUAAAAUUACUGACCCUUGUCCUCCAGGAUGGUACAAUGGGUCAGGUCUUUCCUGCUAUAAGAUAUUCCAUAAGGAAAGAGUGCUGAGAACCAGAACCUGGGAAGAAGCAGAAAGGUUUUGCGAGGCUCUUGGCGGACAUCUUCCCAGUUUUAGCCACAAGGAGGAAACAAGGGAGUUCCAUAAUAUACUGAGGACUGUCAUUAGUGAUGACCGAUGGGUCUGGGUUGGGCUAAAUAAGAGGAAUCCAGAAUAUCUGGCAUCAUGGCAGUGGAGUGACAAUAAACCUGUAUCUACUAUUCUUAUGUCCCGUGAGUUUAAAGAAGACGAAUAUGACAUUAGAGAAUGUGCAGCCUUCAAGUCUUUUAGAACAAGACGAAGACCGUUCUGGCCGCCUUAUCUUCAUGAGGACAGAGAAUAUUUCUAUUUAAAACCUUUCCGUUGUGAUGCUAAACUGGAAUGGGCCUGCCAGAUCACUAAAGGUACUAAGAUAAAGACUCCCGAGUGGUACAAACCAGGUGAAGAUAAAAUACAUGGGCCUCCACUGGUUAUUGAUGGGUCUGAAUUCUGGUUUGUGUCAAAUAAGAACCUGACCUACCAAGAAGCUGCACUCUACUGUUCUAAUAAUGGAAGUGAUUUAGCUUCUCUGACCUCAUUCACAGAACUAACUGGAGUCCUAAACAGAUUGGAAAAUUUAUCAGAUAAGUGGCAGAAUUGGUGGCUGAAAUCUGUGGCUCCUGCUAGUCACUUCCAUUCAUGGUUUCCAGUAUAUUCACAUUAUCACGAACGAUAUGGCAGGGAUUGUUGGCAUAUUUCAUCUCACAGCUGGUACAGAGAUCUCAGAAUAGACUGUAAUUUGAAACUCCCUUUCAUCUGUGAGAAAUACAAUGCAUCACUAUUGGAAAGACACGAUCCAGAUUAUAGACCACCUAAAAAACAGUGCCCUGAUCACUGGCAAGUUUUUCAGAAUAAGUGCUUUCAAACAAUAACCCCUCGUUCUGUCACGUUUAAAGAAGCAAAUGAACAAUGUGAAACACUUGGAGGCUUUCUUCCUUCAAUUAAAAGCCAAGCUGAACAAGAUUUUAUAACAUCCUUGCUUCCCAAUAUGCCAGAGGACAUUUGGAUUGGUUUGCAGUUUCUGGUGAAGACACAUGAAAACAAAUGGGUAGAUGGCAGUGAAUUACUGUAUACCAAUUUCCACCCGUUGAUCCAGGGAAGAGUAAGGAAUGUUUUAAUUGAUAUAUUUAAUGAGGAUGUGACCAACCAAUGCGGUGUUUUGCUCAACAAUCCCAACUCCUUGUACAUUGGGGCCUGGAAUUUUACUUCUUGUGCUGAUAACCAAACUCUGGCUAUAUGCCAGAGGAAACAAGAUGCUGUGUUUGUGAACCAAACACAAGAAAUGCUUAAUAUCACCACGAACUACUUAAACAUCACAUAUACCAUAAUUCUGAAGAACUUGACCUGGUACGACGCCCUACAGGAGUGCCAGCUGAACAAUAUGCAACUGGUUAGCAUCACAGAACAAUACCAGCAGGCUUUUCUUGCUUCUCAGGCCGCCCAUCAUAAUUAUCCACUGUGGAUUGGACUCUCCAGCAAAGAUGAUGGAAUUCACUAUCAGUGGUCAGAUGGAAAACAAAUUCGUUUUAGUUACUGGUCUGAAGAAGAAGAUGAAGAUGAAGAUGAUUGUGUGUACUUGGACAGCAGUGGAGCCUGGAAAACAUCUGAAUGCGACAUAGAAAAACCAGGAGCUAUUUGCUAUUUACCAAGAAGUAGGAACGAAACAAAGGAAACAGAAGAAUACGGAUCUGUUAUAUGUCCACACAAGGUUAAAAAUACACCAUGGAUACCAUUCCAAAACAGUUGUUAUACAUUCACGAUAACGAAGGAUAGAUGGAAGGAAGUGAAAUUGAAUGAAGCUCACCAUUUAUGCAAGACAAUGAAUGCCAAUGCCUCCGUCUUGAGUAUCAAGAAUGAAAAUGAAAAUAGAUUUGUUGUUGAGCAGCUUCAGACAUUCAGUGGCCUUGCUCACUGGGUAUGGUUGGGUCUAAUUUAUGACAAGGAAUAUAUGCAACUAAAGUGGUAUGAUGAAACGUACCUGUCUUUCAAUAAGUGGAGACUAGGGAGACCUUAUAUAAGGAAUAAUAAUUUUUUUGCCGGUGUUAACCUGGAUGGUUUAUGGGAUAUUUACAAUUACACUGAGAAGUGGCCACCCAUUCGUUUUAAUCACUACAGUGUUCUUGUCUGUAAAAUAGAAAUGGGGCCCAAAGAGAACAAAUCACCGCUGCCCGAGAUGCAACAAUAUGGAAACAACACAUACUGGAUACUUCAAAAGAAGCUCAGUUGGUACAAUGCAUGGAAAGAAUGCAAGCAACGUGGACGCGAUUUAGCUAGUAUACACAGUGAAUCACAGCAGUUGUUUCUAGAAGACAUUGUAAAGCGUGAUGGAUUUUCACUGUGGCUUGGUUUAUCCAGUCAUGAUGGGAAUGAAUCUGAUUUUGAAUGGUCUGAUGGAAGCUCAUUUCAUUAUAGACCCUGGGAAUAUGAGAGCUCUCAUUCUCCUGGAGACUGUGUUUUUUUGGACACUAGUGGGCUUUGGAAGCAUAUGAAGUGCACAGAUGCUCUUGAUGGAGCUAUUUGCUACUCCCCCUUAGAAAGAAGACUAUCAAAGCAAACUGAAAGUUUCACAACAUGUCCACAUACUAGUAGUGGAUCGUCGCAGUGGAUACAAUAUAAGGAUUAUUGUUAUGCAUUCAAUGUAGAAUUUUACAAUUUUUCAAUAUACAGUGCAAAAGAAGCUGAAAAGGUCUGCCAGAAGCUUGAUCCUUCUGCAACACUGUUGACUAUAAAGGAUGAAAAAGAAAAUAAAUUUGUUGUUACAUACUUACAAGAACAUCACUUUGUCACUAAAAGAGUAUGGCUUGGAAUUAAUCCUAAAGGGACCGGGGAGUCUUUAAGAUGGCUUGAUGGCUCUGAAGUGAAAUAUACCAACUGGGAAAAAGGAAGUGAAAAUGCCAGUGCUGACUGUAGUAUUGUAUCGUCCACAACUGGAAGAUGGAACAAAAUAGACUGCUCAAAAGGCCAAAGCAGAGUUGUUUGCAAGGUUCCUCGAGGUUCCAGUAAAGCAGGAGUGGUGAUAGCUUUUACUAUUAUAAUUGUGCUGGCCUCCCUUGCUGGAUUAAUAUGGUUCCUAUAUAAGAAAAAACAACUGCAGUGGGCUGGUUUCUCCUCAGUACGCUACGAGCGGGGGCUGUACGAAGAUGAAAGCCAUAGCAUGUUUACCAAUGAUGAUGACUCUUUUAACAACUGCGCCACACAGAAAAGAAACCCAUUAAGGGUUCUCUCCUCGACGCCUGUUCUCAGCACGCCGCCCAAAUUUCUGCUGGUCACUCCUCCUAAAGAAGGAGCCCAAGCGGAGCCUCCGGGCCUUUCUCCCCUUGCACCCACGGAGGCGGCCAGGGGCGUAAAAGCGCACGGAGCAGGGAAUCGUGACAGUACCCCAGAGAUCUCCCGGGAAUACCGUGGCCAGGGCUUCUCCCCCCUCCGCCCAGGCCGACCCCUCCCACCAGCCGGCGGUGGGUGGCGCCUGGGAGCCGCCGGCGUCCGAAGCGGCCUCGCCGGGGCCAUGGGGGGCGUCUCUCCGCUCCCCGGCUCGUGCCUGCUGGGCGGCCUCCUCCUGGCCGCCGCGUGGCCCUCCCCGGGGGGAGCGGACGCGUGUCCUUCUUCCUCUUGGAUUUCAUUUGGAAGUAGUUGCUAUGCCUUACUUCAAGCAACGCUGGAGAGUAUUGAUGAUGCCAGAGAGUUCUGCAAAGCCUCUGGAGCCAGUAUCAUUAGCAUAAAUAAUAAAGAGGAAAACACUUUUAUCUUGAAAGCCUUCCACACCCAUUGGCAUGGUCCUGAAUAUAUUUCAUUGGGCAUGUUUUUUGACACUGAUGAUGACGUUUUCAAAUGGUAUGAUGAAUCUAAAGUAAAUUUUACAAAUUGGCUGGAGGAGGAAAAUAGCAACGAGCUCCUGGACACGUGUGCCACAAUGCAAACUACAUCUGGUGGAUGGAAAAAAACAAGUUGUGAACAUCUCCCACUGACUGAGAUCCUUUGUGAAGCCACCUGCUAUAUCUACCCAUCGUGGAAUACUGCACUAUCAUCACCCUACAGCAAUCGUUCAUUCCUGGAUUUUACUGUGCAGACAACCAGUCCAGUUAUGAACGAUUUCUAUAAAACCUGGACAACAGUCUUAGUAAUAACUUCAACGGUAAUCGUAUCAGUCUCCGCAGCAUUUCUCUGGUUCCUGUACCAAAGGAAGGUUUCUUCUACUACAUCUAUGGCAUACAGUUUCUCCAGACAAAUGCCAUGUAACGAUGAAAUGAUUCUCGUAGACGAGGAAAACGAAUAUACAGCCUAAACUGCAUUUAUUUAUA